AUGGAGGAAGGAAAGGCAAAGUGUCACAUCAAACUGAAAAAGAGUGACCAGAAGAAUAGCACUAGGAAAAGAAAGACACUUAACGUGUUUGAAGAGUCACAUUGUAGUCAGGACGAGGGGAAUGAUAAAAAUGAGACAGAGGAAUGGAUAGGUGCAAAGGCACAAAAAAUUAGGGGAAUAAAAAAUGGGGAAGUUAUAACUGAACCAAGUAACGAUUUGGAGAAACAAGCCGAUUCAGCAACGUCUCAUUUUAUUCGUUCCCUACAGGAGAAGCUUGAACGAGUUCAAAAUAAGAAGAAAAUUGUUUAUUUGAAUUUUCCCCCCAAAAGGGGAGCCGGGUUAAGUGAAAAACAGUCUCAUGGGGAACUUGUCCGAGUUGGCAGCUCGGAGGCUAAGAACGGGGGUGAAGGCCGAAUGGAGGAGGGAGGACCUAACGAGCUGUCAGCAGGUUCCGCGGAUGGAAGGGACCCAAAUGAUGAUUCGCACGAAGUGGAGGACUCAGCCGGGUUAGCAGCGGAUGCAGGGUUAGCAGCGGAUGCAGGGUUAGCAGCGGAUGUAGGGUUAGCGGCGGAUGUAGAGUUAGCAGCGGAUGCAGGGUUGGCAGCGGAUGUAGGGUUGGCAGCGGAUGCAGGGUUGGCAGCGGAUGCAGGGUUGGCAGCGGAUGUAGGGUUAGCAGCGGACGCCGGGUUAGCAGCGGACGCCGGGUUAGCAGCGGAUGAAGGGUUAGCGGCUGAUUCCGAACUGACGGCCGACUUCCACCAGGACCGAAACCAGCGAGGCAAAGCGAACAAGUACCACAUCUCGGAGGAGAGCCUGACGUAUAGAAGGAAACUCUUCCUGGAAAAAUUCAACAAAAACGAAAAGGAGUCCAUUUUUAAAAAUGAAAUGAACAUGUACACAGAUUUUGACGACCAUCAUAUCGAGGUGGAAAAUUACGGGAAGCGCAUUUUGAGCAAAAUGGGAUUUAACGAAGAGAUUUACAAUAGGUACAUAAAUGAGUACUACCAGGAACGUAGCGACAAGAACUACUUUGACAGGAUAUAUGACUCCUUCCAGUCUCGGGAGUUUCGAUUCACGGGAGUGGGCGCGGAGGAAGAGAUGAGGGAGAAUAUGCAGCGGAUUCGGGGUGGGAAGGGGAGCGCAAGUAAGAGCGGAAGAAAGAGCGGAAGUGGGAGCAGAAGUGGGAGCAGAAGUAGGAGCAGAAGUAGGAGCAGAAGUAGGAGCAGAAGUAGGAGCAGAAGUGGGAGCAGCCACGAGGGAGAGGGCAGCAGGACGGGGCGAAAGAAAAGGCGAAGCGGAGACAGCGAGAGAGGUGAUAAGCCCCAUGACAACGCCCGGAGAAGCAAAGGUAAUAAAUGGGAACACAGAGAGGAAGCCAGGUGCGCGGACCCCAGCCCGAGUGACAACAUGGAUAACUGUAACCUAUUCGAAGGACUCAUUGUGAAAAUUAAUUUAAAAACUCAUGAAUUUUACAAACGAAAGGGAGUCAUAGUCUACACGAAAAGGGGAAGGAGAAGGAGAAAGGAGACAAGGGGGAGGAACACAGGGGGGGGGGAUGAACCGAGCUGCAUCCUUGGCUUACUGCUUUAUAAAAGCAACAAAUAUAUCCAUUUGUACAAAGAAGUGGUUAAGAAAAAGAUAAAGGACUACCUGUCGUGGAAGGAGGACAGAGGAGGGACAGAGAAGGAAGGAGGUGGUCGAGUUGGGGAUGGCCGCGUUGGGGGUGGCCGCGUUGGGGAUGGCCGAGUUGGGGAUUACCACGCUGGGGAUGGCCGAGUUGGAGACGACUCCAGUCUUGCCGAAGUGAAGUCGAAAUAUGUGGAAACGAGCAUCAGUGAGGAGACGGUAAAAUGCAAAGUUGUCGGGAGAGGUAUCUGCCUCUCGAAGGGAGACAUUUCUUUGUAUAAACAGACCGUCAAGCUGAAGAAGAUCAAGGGUGAUCACGCGCACGUCCAAGUCGAGGGGGGGCACCUUCUGAGGCUCUCCCUGGACGACGUUUGCCAAUACAUAAGCCACGUGUGA